GGCCACCAUCUCACUGGCCGUGACGACAAAAUUUUUUACACAGUAUUGACAAAGGAAUAAUCUUUUGUGUGCAUGUUAACUCGUUUUUAUUUGUUAAAAAUCAGUCACGUAAGUCGCUAUUCGUAUAGAACAAACGUACAACAGUGAGUGCGUGAAUCAAAUAUGUCAACUCCAGCCAGAAGACGCUUGAUGAGAGAUUUCAAACGGCUGCAAGAGGACCCACCAACUGGAGUGUCUGGUGCUCCCACUGACAACAACAUCAUGAUCUGGAAUGCUGUGAUAUUUGGUCCUCAUGACACUCCCUUUGAGGAUGGCACAUUUAAGCUAACAAUAGAAUUUACAGAGGAAUAUCCCAACAAACCUCCAACUGUACGGUUUGUCUCAAAAAUGUUUCAUCCAAAUGUGUAUGCAGAUGGUGGAAUUUGCUUAGACAUAUUGCAAAAUCGGUGGAGCCCUACGUACGAUGUCUCUGCCAUACUGACAUCCAUACAGUCUUUAUUGAGUGACCCUAACCCAAACUCGCCUGCCAAUUCUAUGGCAGCACAGCUAUAUAAAGAAAACCGCCGAGAAUAUGAGAAAAGGGUUAAAGCAUGUGUAGAACAAUCUUUUAUUGAUUAGCGGGGGGGACAUGGGAUCUCAGUCAACAGUGAAGUUUGCAUGCUCUAUGCUGCUGUUUGUCAGCCAAUUCUUCAUGAAUUCAUUGGGACAGUUGUAAAAGUUCAAAAAUUUAUUGUUUUAAGCAACUUAUUCUUAUUAAUAUGGCAUUAGUCUUUGCUUAGAGGUUUUGGUAAUGUUUAAAUGUAACUAGAAAAUAACUCACUGAGUAUUACUUAUGUAAACAAAUAACUCUUGCCCCCUGAUACAGCUAACCACUUCUUCCAUGUGAUAAAAGAUCCCCAAAACACUUGUAACUUUGUUGUAUCAAAUUUCAAGACAUAGCAUGGCAACACCAUUUGUGUUCCUAUAAAAAAUUAUCCUACUUCCCCGAGUACUACUAUCAUAUACUGUAUUUCUUUCUCUCAUUAUGUGUAUACCUAAUAUUUGGACUCAUUACACGCAGACUGGUGUGGUAGUGAAAUAGUUGUUCCUUACUGUAUGUGCAUUGUGCAGUUUAUAAUUCAAUAUUCUAUUAUAUCGUCCUUAAAAAUCUAGGUGAUUGCAAUAGUUAACGACUUCAAAAUAAUAUUCUAGUAUACACAUAUGUGUUAUUCUUUUAAACACAGCUUGGAAUAAAUAGACAUAUAUCAAUAAUGUCGACUAUUGCACCUGAUAUAGUCUUGGAAUUGUAUGUGUAAUUGCAUAAUAUUAUGAAAAUUAUUUAGUUGUAUGUCAUCAAUUGAAAGUUAAUAUAAGAGGAAGUGGUGUAAACUGUGUAUUUGGGGCUAAUCUUAAAGAAAGUUUGUACUAUAUGUUGAUCUUGUCACUGUUGUUGAAGAUUUUCCCAAGGAAGGUUUAUGUGUAUAUUAAGAAUGCAGCAGCCCUCAUGUAUAAACAUUCUACAGUAUAAGUAGUGGAUUUGGGCUGCACAUGUAGGAUUUUUUAUCGAAUAUCAUUUAUAUUUAAAAUACUUCUGUACAUUAUGCGGUUUUUAUUAGACACAUGGUUAGAAGAUAUUUAAAUUGUACUUUGCUUUUUAGCAAUUAGUAUAUUUAAGUAUGUGGAAUUAUGACUUUACUGAAUUGUGAAAAUUGUGUAGCAUUAGCCUUGUUUUUCCUGACAUUUAGUCCGAAUCGUACAGUCAGCCAAACAUUUACAUUUUGUAUUUUUCACGUCUCUUAAGAAUUUAAUGUGUAUAGUAGUUGAGAUAAUGCUUAUUUUUAUAUGUCAAUCAAAAGUAUCUUGUAUACCAAAACUAAUUAUGGAACAAAAUGAUUACCCAAAUAGUACAAGUUUUAUUUGUAAAAUAUAUUUUAAAAUGUUAUAUAAAUACAUGUGCAUGGCUGAUCUAAGUUAUACAUUAUGUUCUCGUUUUCAAUUAAAUGUCCCAAUGGAUCUAAUUUCUGAAAUAUAUUUUAGCAAU